GUCGCGGUUGAAACUAAAUUUUUUUCGUUGCUAUAGAGUCGCGCGCAUUGUUUCCUUCCUUCCAACGAGUAGUUCAUGAACAAUAAAGCACAAAAUCAAAACAAAAAUAAAGUUUUUUUUUACGGUCAAGUGAAUUUUGAGGCAAACUGCAUGUUUUUAAAGUGACUAAAUACACAAAAAAUUGUACAAAAUAGUCGUCAACGUACGGGCGCACCUUGUUAUUAUUUUCAGUCUUUCGGAGGCUUGAAUUGUGAAAAAUAAACAAAAAAGUGAACGGAUUAGCAAUUGUCUCGUCAAGAUACGAGAAAAAAGAUAAAAUUUUAUUGAAAUGAGUCAAUUUUAAAGUGAAAAAAAAAAUGAAAAAGUCAUCGGGAAUCAUGCAACCGAUGUGUUGCAGUGACAAAAAUGCCGUAAUCGAGUCGAAAAUUGACCCGCAGAGUGUCGCGAAAGGCGAUCAAAGGCGCUGGAACUUUUACAAACGCAACAAAAAUCGCAAAAAAACGCUCGUCGAUCAGGCGGAACAGUGUAACGAGGACGACAUUCAAAAAUGCUUAUCAGAUAACGUCGUCGCGGUCCCCAAAAAUUCAAAUAAAGAUAAAAUUCACAAAGAAAACGAAAGAUUUACGGCAGACUUGCAUAAAUUAAUACAAAAUAACAGCCAAACAAUCGAUCCGUUUUACAACAAGAGCAAUCAGAACCAGAUGCCCGCCACAGUGAAUAAUUUUAUGAUUCACAUGAACGGUCAGCAGUACAACCAAGUGCCGUACGGCACGACAAACAAGACGACGACAUCGCCGGCAAACAAUAUUUUUAUCGUGCAAACGGAAAAUAAUCAAACGAGAAUUACGAUUGUGCAGGCCAGUGAGCCGCCUCGGACGAUUUUUCCUCAGACACGCAUCGAAGAAGUCGAAUCUGAGGGGGAUUUGAGUCAUGAUAGCUUGGAUGAUUUGGUUAUGGGACACUUUGAGUAUCGGGAGAAGGCAGUUGAUGUGCCGGAUAACUUUGAGCCGGAUAGUUUGAUGAUCGAUAAUAGCUUGGAGGAUGUUUCGAAGGAGCAGAGUCCGUUUAAGAGGCGGUUGAAUGCGCCACCGUUGAGGCAGUCACGUGGUUUUAAGAACAAAACAAAAACAAAUCCCCACCAAUACUUUCGCCGAGACAAGGAUGCCUACAAUCGUCAAUGGAUCAACGCCCAACAACUCGACUCGAGCACUCUUGAUCGCAACUCCAUCCUUCACUGGAGCGGCGACGCAACUCCAAAAUUCAAUCCAGCCAUCAACUUCAAGCCGAUUCCCGAACAAAAUCCGGGCACCCUCAAUCGACGCAACGCAAAUUCCCUCAAAAAACUCGGCAUAAGUUGCCAAAAUCUCUCGUCCGGCAGAAAUUCGCCCGAGAGAAAUGUCAGUGCGAAAAGUCUGAGCAAAAAUUUGAGUAAAAGUGAGCAUGAUUUGUGUCGCAAAACGUCGACCGAUAGUACAACAAGUAUCAAAGCGAGCGUCAGUCGUUUCGAUAUCAUGACCAAAUUCUUUAGUUUUAACAAAAAUAACAAAAUUGAGCCGAUCACGUCAGUGGAGAUCCCGAAGGCAGGUGUGAUGGAUUUUACAAAACGCGCGGAACGCGUUGGCUGGAUGAAGAACAUCUCCAAUUAUUUCGCUAAGAAAACGAGACGCAGCACAGAUCGACAGGUCACUCUUCCAGAACAAGAAGAUAUAUUUGAGUUUGCGAAAUUCUUUGUAUCUAUUCUUCAUUCUACGUUGCUCUAG